AUGUCGGCCUCUAAAGAGACCAACCUUUGCAUUUGUGAUGUCUCCUCGGUCAGCUCCAUCAGUCAGUUAGACCCUGAUGCUGACUUUUACUAUGACUAUGAGACUCUGCGCAUUGGAGGCCUGGUCUUUGCUGGGGUCAUUGUGGUACUAUCGGUCCUCCUCCUGACAGGUAACCGCAUCAGACGAUGUGGCAAGCCAAAGAAGCCACUUCUCUCCAAGAAAAACUUCAUGGACAGACUGAAAUGCUGCAGGAAGUACAAAGAUUGGACAGCAGAAGACUGUUCCUGCAACACUGUUUCUGCCGUCCAUAAUGGCGAGAGAUUCUUGUAA